GAUAAAAUUUCACUAAAAUUAUUGAAUCGCCAAAAUAGUGUUUGCUGACGAUACAACGUAUACGUUUUUAACAUAUUUCCUCCUAUUUGUUAUGUUUAAUACAAAGAAUUGGCUCAACGGAACAUUGGCCGAAUACGCAUCGAAGUACUUUGCUCUCGCUUCUAUAGCAGUUUACAUUAAUCCUUUCUGACAAACACAUUACACCAAAGGUUUACUAACGCCCAUCGGAAAAAUCCUAAGCGAUACACGUGAUCAUGGAGUGGGGUAAGUGAGAUGAUACUGUUAUUUAAAAGCUAAUAAAUUAUUUUAAUAAUAUAUUUUAUAUCAUUGUUUUUGGAACUUGUUCUAUAUGUGCGCAAAUAUUAUAUUUGGUACAGGAAGUACCUACUAACUCGACAUUAUGUAAAAGUACUCUGUUAACCCAAUAGACUUUUUUUUUUGUUUUAGAUGCUGAUAAUUUUGAACCCCCAACACCCGUCGUCCCUAUAAAUGUUGUUGGUGGUGCCAAAAUCAAUAAAUGGGAAGGCGAAGAUGAAGAGGAAAAUAUUAAGGUUAAAAAUAUAUAUAUAAGAAUCUAUAAUUUUUUUGUCAAUACUUUCAUUUUCACUCAAGCCUAUUAUUGAAUUUUUUGCACUUAAAAUCCUCAUUUAUACUAAUAUACUAAAUAAAAUUCAAUAGGUCUAUGUUCGUUUGUAUGGAGUAUAAUUAUUUAAUAGUUGACAUUUUUUUUAUUAUUAUUAUUUAUAGGACAGUUGGGAUGCAGAUGAAGAAGAAACAAAAAAACCCGAGACGAAAAUCCCAGAAAAAAAAACAAAAUCAAAAUUGGAACAAAAGAUAGCUGAAAGAGAGGUACCUAUAUGUUCUCUAUGUUGCUUAAUAUAUAUGUGUAGACCUAACAAUUAAACAUUGUGGAUUCAGAUCAGAAAUUUAUAAAAUUAAGAGGGCGCUACACAUACAGUUCUAUCUUUCAUAUCAAAUUUACUUUCAGUCAAACUAAUUUUAUACUUUCAGUUUUAUUACUAUCUGUUAUCAGCAACUUUGUGUGUGUAUUGGAGGUAGGAAUUUUUGGUAGUUUGAAUGAUUCGCAUUUGAAUGGAUCAGUCUAGUGAUGAUAUGAUUAUGCAUCUAAAAUUGUUCUUAUCAUUAAGUGAAUCUACUUUUUUUUGAAUCAGUGACAAAUUAAUUAAUUAUUAAGCCUGUUCUAUUCAGUGUAGUAAAACCAUAGAUCAUAUUAAAGUCGAAUGUAUGUUUGUAGCUAGUAUACUCAAAAGCUACUUGACCGAUUUUAUGAAAAUUUUAAGUUGAAUUCAUUGAAUAUGUGAGCACUUAUUCUCCAACGGCAGUCUUGACAAUGAAACAAGUCAAGACUCGCUAUUGAUAAAGUUGAAAAAUUAUUAUUCUUGAAUCAUGAUUUAGAUAAAAAUGUUAUUUAUAUGUUUAUUAUAUUAUAAUAUAAAUAUUAUUAAAAUUAAUCAGUUUUCAUAAAAAAAAUAACAAUUUCAUUUGGUUAUUACUAGGGUUUAUUUUUAUUUAGUUUAAUAGCUCAAACUAUUUUUUUUUUAGUUUUUAUUGAAAAAUAAUAUAAAAUAAAUUAAUAUGGUAUAAUACUGUAAUUUUAUAGUUUAACUCAUUUUUAAAAGGUUAAACGUCAUCUCAACGUUCCGUUGUAAUUGACCUACCUAUAUUGUGUAUACUUUUAUAAUCCCUUCUUUACUGGAUCUACGUAAGAUAAUUAAAUUGAUAUAGUUAAAAUUAAAUAUACUCGCAAUAAUCGGAAAUAGUAAAAGGUAUUUUAAACUAUUUUUAUUGACAAAAAAAUUGACUAUAAAAUGAUUUUCCCUCAAAAUUACACUUAGUUUGGUGUAACCAGUUAUCAGUGUAUUAUCUAUAUUGUGAUAACUAGUUUUAUGAUUAUAAUGAAAACAAAACAUACAAUAACUGUUAAAAAUCAUCGUUACUAUUAUUUUCUCCCAUCACUACACCAAUUCCCAAAAAUAAAAAUGAUUUGUUACAAAUACUUCUACAUAAAUCAUGUAUAGUUAUUUUUAAUCUAAUUAACUUUUGACGCCUUUAUUCAAUUCUUAAGGGAUUGGAUUUUUGAAAUAGACCAAACACGUAUUUAAAUAUUUAUUUAAUAGAUUAUGAAUUAUUAUUAUUAGGAUGUAGAUUGUUAGUCCUAGUUAAAUUCUAUAAAGGUGAAAAUACAGUCACUUUAUUAAAGCCCCCUAGAUGUGAAUUUUUGAUGUUGUAUAAGUAGAUACCUAUUUAAUGAUUGAAGUUCAGGAAAAGUACAGAAAAAUUACUUACUUUCAGUCCCUGAACAGUUUUAAUAAUUAUUAUUUUACUUUUUUAUUUUUAAAAUUUACAACACGUGCACGCCUCCUUAGAUUGAACAUAGAAAAUAAACAACGCAACAAAACUAUGUUAUAUAAUAUUAGAUAACCGUGAUCUUACAAUAGUAUAAAUACCAUAAGCCUGAAAUAGAGUUACAUUUUAUAGCACCCUACUACUUAAACCCAUUUCAACCAAUUCUCUUGUUAUUGUUGGGACUCAAGGCUACUCACAAACAUAACCAUUUGUAAAUCAGUCAUUGGUUGUGAGGAAAAAGUGUACUUCCAUACAUACUGUAUCUUUAUAAAAAUAUAUAUGGUUUAGUUUCAUUUGAUCAUUAACGUGAAACAUUAUCUGUGUUUGUACAUUGGUUUUUUCUAAUAUUUAAAUUUGUAUGUGAGUUCUUCAAUUUAAGUUUAAUCACUACAAUAUUUAAAUUAAUUAGACAGAAAUGAUUUUACAAAAUAUAAAUGUGCUAUAUAGUAAGAUAGAGAUAACAAGUGCAUGGCUAAAUCCUCAAACAACAAAUAAUAUUGUAGCAAAAUAUGAAAUUGUUUUAUUUAAAACUUUAUAUUUUUAUUUAUAGCGUAAACAAGCAAUAGAAAAUGAAAAGAUGAGACGUAAAUUUUUGGAGGCCGAAGAAAAUUCCAAUAUGACACCAGAAGAAAAAAAACUGUUGCAACAAAAACUUCAAGAAGAAGCUGAUUUUGAAGUAGCUAAAGAAAUGUUAGGUGUUGAUGAUGAAGGUGAUGAAGACUCAAUAGAUAGGAUGAAUCCCAAAUCUAAAGAGGAUUUUUCAGUUUUUGAACAAGCACUUCAAAAAAAAAUAACAAAUUUUUCUAAAUCUGAGCAUUACUCUGAUUUUAUUGAAGAACUUAUUAGAAAUUUAUCUGUUACCUGUAAGUGUGAUGUGAUUAAAAUCUGUACAUUUUUUUAGUAGGAUAAUUUAUUAUAAUACAUAUGGAUUUUAUUAUUUUAGUAUCAAUGUCUGACUUAAGGAAAUUAAAAGUAACUGUAGAUAAUAUGAAUAUAGAAAAAAUGAAAGCCGAAAAAGGCGACAAAAGUAAAAAGAAUAAAGGAAAAGGAAAAGCUAAACUGCGAAUAGAUAACAGUGCAGUAAGUAAACUAUUUUAUUAUAAUUACUAUUAUACAGAUAAAAUAUUUUAUGAUUUAAAUUUAAAUAAAUUUAAUAACAAAUAUAUAUAUAUAUAUAUGAAAUACAAAUGAAAAUAAAUAAUAUGAAGAAAAAACAUACCAUAGAGUAAUAUAAAUACCUAUAGAAAAAAGGUAUAAAUAUAUGUUGUGCAUUUACAGUUAAUUAAAAGUAGCUGUGAGUAUAAUUAGAUUUUGAUUUUAAAGUGGCAGCUAUUAUCAAAAAAUACAAUUUUCUUAGAUUAAUGCAUACUCAGUUGAUCUAAAUUACUAUUGUAUGACAAAAAUUAAAAUAUUAAUGUAUGUUAAUUUUUUUUUAUAAAAAUAGCAGCUAUUUGGAGGGGGGCUUGGGCUACUCUAGUCCUUAACCAUUAUCUACACUGCUUUAUUUAUUAUUUGUGUAUGCCUACUGUCCUUAUAUCACUCUAUUUUUAUUUUGUGUUGUCCAUCAGGCCUUUGUACAUGAAUUACCUUAGACAAGAAAUAAAUCUCUGAAACUAUUUAAAAUAGUAGUAUGAGAAUCAGUUAUUGUUCUUAUAAAUCACUAAAUAUAUGAUCAUUAAUAUUAACAGGGUUUUUUUUAUAUACAAUUGUAUAUUGUGAUGUACCUCAGACUAAUAUUAAGAAGCGCUGAUAAUUGCACAUAUUUUAUGUUUUUUUUUUCAAUUGAUAUUUGAUAGUGAAAUGACCUUGAUGGCCUUAAUAAAUUAAAUAUUGUUUCAUUGGAAAUAUUUCAAUGUUUACAUAAUCUUAUUAAACUAAUAUUUAUUUAUUUAUAUCAAAAACAUAUACACGGAAAACUAACUAAAACUCCCUUUUUUAAAUUUAUUAUUAAGAUUCACUUUUUUCUAUAAAUUUAAUAAUCAUUUUUUUCACAAACUUCAAAUAUUUAUUUUAAAGUUAAUAAUUAAAUUUCUAACUUUUUAGUUAUUUAAAUAUUGUUGUUUCAGAUUCAGGAUUACGAUGAGUUUUCGGCUUAUACAGUGGACGAUUACGACGAGUUCAUGUAGGGAAAUGUUUAAACCGUGUGCUAUGUAUAUUAUUAAUAUAUAUACAUAAAUAUAUAUAAUGUAUUUAUUACUUAUGUAAUUAUAAUAUAUAGUGUGGAUAUAGAGCUGAAUGACAAAUAUUUUUUUUAAUGUUUAUCUUUAUCACAUUUAAAUAAUAUACAACCUCGCGUUGAUAAAAAAAAAAAAAA